AUGCAAGGACCGGGAAACGAAAACCGCCGUUGGCAUGGUACACGGCGAACAUGUAACCUUGGAGAUAAAAAUCAAACUCGGCUCUGUUCAUCGUCUCAGUGCUUUCUCUGCUCUAUUAUCCGAAACUCCUUUGACGUUUCGCUCUGUAAAGCAAACACCGGUUUUUCCAGGUUCGGUCAGGGCAUUUACACUUCCUCGACCUCGUCAAAGUCGAACGGUUACUCUUCCAAUGGUUGUCAGUCCUCUCUUAAGGCAGUGCUAUUAAACAAGGUCAUUGUCGGCAAAGGAUGCAAACUUCACAAGGACAAUGAGACAUUAAAAGCACCCCCGCGGGGGUUUGAUUCGGUGCUCGGCGAGAAAGGGCAGGAUUUGAAUCACGACGAACUGGUCGUUUACACCAACGAUGCCAUCAGACCCUCCUACCUUGUCAUGUAUGAACCCUAG